CUCCCCCAUUCACCUGAAAAACGUCAAAUUUCAUACAAAUUACAAUAACAAUAAACAUCAUGAAAUUAUAUGCUAAGGACCUGUACGCAAAAUAAAAAAAUGGAAUUGUUUAAAUCGGAAUUAUACUAUAUAUUUGUUAGAAAUGAGUCAAGUUUGUGGUGGAAUCGGUUAACAGGAGCGUUUUCAGUGAGAUCAGCAUGGGACUUAUCAGAUAUCGAAGAUAUAGAAUGUUUAGGAAUAACAGAAGGUAUUAUAGGGAAAGUGGAACAUACGAAUAUUUACGAACCGAGACUUAUGAUAAUAAAAGAAAGUGUUCCCGUUGGCCAAAUUUACUUCCACCACACUAUAUAUAAAAUAAAAUCUAUAUGUUUUCUUAACAUGGGUUCCUCUAAUCAGGAAUUAGAAUUAUGUCCAUGUACGAAACACGGGUCCGCGGCUAUAAUGGCGAGUACAAGUAAAGGGAGCGGUAGAAAAAUGGGGGCAAGAUUGUUUGAAAAUUCUGCCUUUUUAAAUAAAACUGUAGGAGCGGUAAAGAAUGUUAGUAACACAAUUAAAACCACCACACAACAAGCUGCUACUCAGGUAAAACAAACGGUUAAAAAGCAGAGGGAUCCUAAAAUAGCAGAACGUUUUGAAAAGAGAUUAACAGAUGAGCUCCAUAAAAUAUUUGACGACUCUGAUAGUUUCUACUAUUCCCGAACACUUGACUUAACAAACAGCUUGCAGCGACAGUAUGAAAUAGAGAAAAUUUUAGAAACUGAGGAAGGUACUGGAAAACCAAUUACCGACAUAACAAGAUGGUGGAAAUAUGUGGAUGAUAGAUUUUUCUGGAACAAACAUAUGCUCAAAGAUAUCAUUGCUUUGGAGAGUCCCAACUGUGACCAAUGGGUUUUACCAAUAAUACAAGGAUAUGUUCACCUAUCACAAAUACCAGUUGAACCACCAGAUGCAAAUCCGUUGAAUACUGAAUCAUUGUCUAAUGCAAAUACAUGUGAUGAGAAAUUCACCCUGGGUCUUAUAUCGAGACGGUCAAGAUAUCAAGCUGGAACUAGGUACAAUCGUCGGGGAAUAGAACCAGAAGGGAAAGUUGCCAAUUAUGUGGAAACGGAGCAAAUUGUAUCCAUCAUAUGCUCGGAUAGCAUACACAGAGCGUCUUUUGUUCAGGUCCGUGGAUCGGUGCCAAUAUUCUGGAGCCAACCCGACUACAAGUUUCGUCCUCCACCGCGUCUGGAUAGAACCGAGGAGGAAUCUCACGUGGCUUUCAAGAAACAUUUCGAAGAGGAACUUAAAACUUACAAGCAAGUCUGUAUCGUGAAUCUCGUCGAACAACAAGGGAGGGAGAAAAUCAUUUGGGAGGCGUACAGCAACCACGUGCUCAAGUACAACAGUCCGGACAUCAUUUACGCGACCUUCGAUUUUCACGAGUAUUGUCGCGGAAUGCACUACGAAAACGUCGGCAUUCUGAUCAAUGCGAUCUCCGACAUCAUCGGCGAGAUGCGUUUCUGCUGGAGGGACGAUCGCGGUCUCAUCUGCACGCAGAACGGCGUGUUUCGCGUCAACUGCAUCGACUGCCUCGACAGGACCAACGUCGUGCAGACGGGCAUCGCGAAGUUCGUGCUGGAGCUGCAGCUGUGCCGGCUGGGGCUGGGCGCGCCGGGCUGCGGCCUGCCGCCCGCGCUGCGCCUCGCCUUCCUCGCCAUGUGGGCCGACAGCGGCGACCUCGUGUCGCGCCAGUACGCCGGCACCAAGGCGCUCAAGGGUGAUUAUACGCGCACCGGGGAGAGAAAAUUAACCGGAAUGAUGAAAGAUGGCGUAGCUUCAGCGAAUAGAUUCCUGUUACAUCACUUUAACGACAAAAUAAAACAAUGCGCCAUAGAUAUCGCGCUCGGUCAGCCUGUCAGUAUAACGACCAUAGACGAAAUAGAUAAUCUGUGGCACGACGUUCAGACCGCUUCCUUAAUGGUGUUCGAAAAUAUCGACACCGAGAGACCAAAGUUAGAAAUGAUGCCGUCGUAUUUCGGACAUACAUUGACCGGCGAAAUGGUUUCGCUUGAAAUAACGUACACAUUGGGGAGAUACUACCUGUCGACGUUCAAGGACGCGCUCCGCCAGGUGGCCAUCGACGUGAUGACGGGCGAGUCGCGCUCCAUACCCGAACAGCUCAUCGUGCCCGACUGCACCAAGUACACCUCGGUCAAGGUGCUCAAUAUGUACAAUGACCAGUCCGCCCCAGACACCGCAGCGAUGGCCCAGCACGUGAAGUCCCUCAUCGACGACUGCAAGAAGCUGCUCGUGGACACGGAGCCCGUGCUCGGCUCGUGGGGGCUCAUUGAUGCGGACCCACAUACUGGUGACCCUCAGGAGACCGAAAUGGAUAGCGUAUUAGUGUUAACAAGCGAAGCGUACUACGUGACGGAUUACGAUGAAACUUCAGACCGCUUACUCUCAGUGCAGAGGGUACCGCUGUGUGACGUCACGUCUGUGGAACUCGGCACUUUGGACUCUAGUGCAACGAUAUUCGGCGUGGGUCGCAAGAGCAACACGGAGCCCGUGCAUUGCAUCAGAAUCAACUACCUUUAUAACAACGAGUCGGGUUACUUCCACAUGUUCCGGUCGACGACGCUUCGGUUUUUCAAUAAUAUGGCCGUCGUUAUCAACACUAAGGACGAAAUGAUUGAAUCAUUGCAUUCCAUUUGCGAAUCGUUGAUGGUCGCUCGUGACGUCGCUAAGCUACCGAACAUACCGUUCCAUGAUGGUAUUAAAUUAGAAAGGAGAAAAUCCAAGAUACAUCCGACACAAGGAGCGUCCGGCGGUGCCAGGUCGUCUCUGUACCUGGAUCUCUCUCGCCUGCCGACCCUCACGCGCAACGUCAGUGAGACACAACUCGUGGCAGACAUUCGUAGCGUCGGAUCAAAAGCCUUAAACAACAUGUCAGAGCAAUUCAGCAAACUCAAUAAACUGAGUCACUCUCUCAAUGCGCGAGCAAGGCCGAGCCUUCAACUAAAGUUCGAUCAAAGCGCUUCCCGCACGAAGAAAAUAUUUACUUUGGGCCAAAAUAAAAACGAUAACAAAAAGAAAGGUAGUCUCUCGGACGGAAUGAGCUCGGACUACUCAUCCGAUGACGAAAACAGGACGAAUAUAUUUGAACCAACGUUGGACAAUUUUGAGAACAUGCAACACUAUAUUGGUGACCAGCAGAGAAAGGACGAGAACGACUGCGAUUUGAUAGAAAAUCCUCUGUAUUCCUCCAAAAUAGAACCACAUGAGGAAGUCGUCGAAACGAGCACAUCGAUUGUUAAGGAGAAACAGUCGUUGAAAACUCCCAGUAAUACGGCCAAAAAGAAUCCAUUCGAUACGGAAUCUAUAACGCCAGAAAUCCAAAUAGAAUCUGACGGAACUUCUACCAAACCUGCACCUCCGAAUUCUCUGAUGCUGUCCCAAAAGUUGUCCCAAAGCUCUGGGUUUAUUAACUUCGAGGAAAGCCAGAACGUUCCAGAAGGUGUCAAUUAUCAUGUUCGUUCAAAUUCUCAGCACGAAAUAACUUUGAAUAUUGCUCAAUCGCACAGUGAGUCGGCUUUGCGGCAGUUGAAGAAUAUCGCCAGUCCCGUAUCGAGUGCGACUCGGGAAAUGGUACUAUCGCCGUUUUCUAAACUGGCAAAGGGAGUGCAAUCUUUGGGGGCUAAUUUGGAUCCCAGAAAGAUAAAGGGCUCAGCUACAAUUAAACAUAUAUCCGAACAACAAUACGAAGAACACAAGAAGUUACAAGAAAAAUGGCAAGGAUGCAACACUCGUCUCGUUGCCCUCUAAACAACUCAGCCAGUACUUACAAGACAAAAAAGUGAUGUUACCAGUAUAAAAAAAAAUCCAUAAAUAAAAGGUACUGUAAUUUAUCAUUAAAUAAUAAUACCAGUCACAAAAUAAGUAUUAAUACAGCCUUAAGUAAAUGCAAUUUAAGGCUUAAAAAAAACGUUAUGGAGUUAUAAUACGUAGGCGCUUGAAAAAUAUUACAGCAAGAGUCAUUUUCCUUUGCUUAGUUCAAUUAUUAGAAUAAUUAUUAUUAUUAUAUUAUUAAACAUACCAGUUAACUUAGAAAUACAUUGACGAGUUCCAGUAAUUUAGAAAGAAAUUGUUAUGUAAUUAGUAAUAUCGAAUUAAAUGAAUGUUAUGCUGGUGCCAGACAUCCGAUUUAACCAUUAAUGUCGAGUUAUAUGUAGCAGAAUAAUCGCAGUUGUAUAGUUUAUCUCGUACGUUGUAACGUUAUCUGUGACCGUCAUUUGAAUAAACGAACAGUCGUUUGAAUGAAUGGUUGAAUGGUACCGGUGUUAUAGUGAUGUAUGCUUCGAUUGAUGAUAAUCGCUAUUUGAAAAUUACCAAAGUAUCAAGUUGAGAUUGUUGUGAUUUAU